AUGGCGGCUAGUAUGACUCCCAGUCGCUUUGGAAUGUCGCAUUCCGGCGGUGCGACGGCGUACGCUGUUGCCGCAGACGCGCCAUCCAUGGCGGACACGCUGCCCGUCGUCGACUUCAAUUUCAACGACUUGCGCGAGCGCAUGGCCCAGUUCACCGUGCGCUUUGACGAUUUCAUUGAGCGCGGUCGCAAGCGCGUAUUGGAAGAGCGUAAUGCAUUUCGCAUGACAGUCGCGGACCUAGAGGAUCAACAACGACACCGCAAACAAGCCAUCUCCGAGUUGGAGUCGAAAUCGUCCAAUCAUGCCCAUACCGUUGCAAAAGAGGCGCAGGAGACGGACGAGAUGCACGAAGCCAUCCGUUCUCUCACCGCACAGAAGGAGGAGCACAUUUCGCGACGCGAACAGCUGAAGACAGAGAUUGCGUCAACACAGGCAGCCAUCCGGCAACGUCGGGAAGCCCAAGCCGCCCAUCAGCGAUCACUCGACGCGCAGGCGAGACAUAACGUGCCCGAGUUGCGCUUCUGGGAGACGUGUCUGGGGAUGCGGAUGGAGGGCACGGGAAUCGACGAUUGCCUGAAGUUCAUCUUUGUCUGUAUCGACGAGCGGGACGCAGMGAGGGAAUGCUGGUUCGAGCUCAAGAUUGGCGGGAGGGAAUAUGAGGUCGCAAGCACCAAACCGCGGUUGAACAGAGAUGAGGUUGAUACUGCGCAGGACGCACUGAACGAGACCAAGGAGUUGGGACCCUUUUUGAAAGCAAUGCGGGCUCUGUUUGUCGAGGUCAUUAGGCCCUAA